GUCAAAGAUUCACAAGCAAGGACGAGAAGCCAUAUUGUGCAAAUUGCUAUGGUGAACUAUUUGCGAAACGAUGCAAUGCAUGCACAAAACCCAUCACUGGUAAGCUACCGUAAUCUCACGAGCUUUGGGACCACCCACCUAUCGGUACGUGUUCUAGGCAUCGGUGGCGCAAAGUUCAUCUCUUUUGAAGAUAGACAUUGGCAUAAUGAUUGCUUCAUAUGUGCUCAGUGUACAACGUCAUUGGUAGGAAAGGGAUUUAUCACCGAUGGCACGGAUAUUCUGUGUCCGGAAUGUGCGAAAGCACGACUAAUGGCCGCAAAUUCAUAA